UCAUUUUUAAUGUUCCCUUCGUCGCGUUUCUAACCUCAAAAGUGCAGAACUCGUUAAAAAUCUGGCGCCAAAAAAUCCCAAUUUUGAUUUUAAAUGAUACGCAGAAGGAAAUUAUCAUGUAUUAGUAUCACAAUAAUUGUAAUAUUUAUGUUUUCAACGUAUUAUUUACUAACAAGGUUAACAUCCACCGAAAGUGAGGUUAGGAGUGUCCACGAACAAAUUUAUUUUCACCUUGAAAAUUUACCAGAUUUGUAUAAAACGCGUAAACCGUUCGAAAACGACGCAAUUGAUAAGUUUAUAAAAAAUGUGAAUGUUGUAAGAAGCGAGGAAGUCGCAAAAGUAUGGGAAAUUGCAAAUUCGUGGGUCUCCAGUACCAAACUGGUGGACUUGGAAAGCCCCCUUUUGGGCACUGUAUUGUCGGAUUUGAAAACAGCGAAAAUAAUUAAAGCCGAUUUGUAUUCCAAAGGGACGCAAUUGAAACUUUUAUUGACUUUAGAAGGCAACCAAAACGUAGUGUUUAAACCGAAAUGGUACGAUAAGCGGCGCAUCAUCGAGGGGCCCGUCUAUGCAGGGAAAGACAGACACAGUAGUGAAAUUGUGGCAUUUUAUUUAUCAGCUCUCUUAAAUCUUCCACUAACGCCUUGUAGUGUGGAGCGCACGUUGUCUUUUUCUCAUGAUAUUGCCCCCGUGGCCACUAAACGUCUCCUCAACACUAGUUUUGAAAUUAACAACAGGACGUGCAUUUUUGGGAAAUGUUUGUACUGCAGGAGGGAAGAGCCGGUUUGUGAUGACGAGAAUUUUUCUGUAACUGGGGCUGUGAUUUUUAACGUAAAUGAGCCUUUGAAGAGCUACAGGUCACCGUGGCAAAGGACCUACAAGAAGAACAAGAAAGCAAUCUGGGAAGAAGAAGAUAACUAUUGCAAAUUCGUGAAGGAAAAAUUAACGAAACGAAGAAUAUUAGAUUUGGUUGAUGCUUCAAUUUUUGAUUUUUUGAUACAGAAUGGCGAUAGGCACAAUUACGAAACACUGCAUGAAAAUGUUGUUUUAAUAGACAAUGGGAAAGGUUUUGGGAACCCUAACAUAUCACAUUUGGACAUUUUAGCCCCUUUAUAUCAAUGCUGCAUGCUCAGAAGUGCGACUUUGAAGAAACUGUUGAAUCUGGCUGGGGGUCAUUUGAGAAAAAAAAUUGAACUCAUGCCUGAUAUACACCAGUUGCUAAUUAGUGACCAUCUCAAGGCUGUGGAGGAACGACUGAUGAUCGUUUUUGCUACUAUUGAAUAUUGUAAAAAUCACGCCAAAGUUGAAUAAAAAAUGGACCUCUCA